CUUUAUAAAAAAGCGGCCAAAUCACAAAAUCUCAAUCUCUCUCUCCUUUUUGUUUGUGUUCUUCCAUUCCUCCUCUCUCAGCAAUAUGGCUCAGCAGAAGGUGGUCCUGAAGGUUCUGACCAUGACCGAUGACAAAACAAAGCAGAAAGCCAUUGAAGCUGCCGCUGAUAUUAUUGGGAUUGAUUCGAUCGCCGCGGAUCUAAAGGACCAGAAGCUAACAGUGGUAGGACUGAUGGAUCCGGUGGCCGUAGUGAAGAAGUUGAAGAAGGUUGGUAAGGUGGACAUAGUAACUGUCGGACCAGCCAAGGAAGAGAAGAAAGAUGAGAAGAAAGAUGGAAAGAAGGAGGAUAAAAAAGAAGAAAAGAAGGAGGACAAAAAGUAAAAUAUAGUUACCAAAUUUUAUCCCUCAUGGCAGUUAUGUGUUUUAUUUUUACUUUUUUUUUGUCAUAUAGUUAUGUAUAAUGUUUUGUUUAAUUUCAUGGGAUUGGGAUGUAAAUAAAAAGGGCAAAUGGAUGUACUUUGAUAAUAUUAAGCAAAUAAUUAAGCAAAUGGCUUCGGUAGAGAGGUUAGAUUUUUUUAUAUAUGAUUUAUUUUAAUUUGAUUUUAAUUA